AUGUCGAGUAGCGAUCAGGGCCCUCAGCAUGAGGAGAAGCUGGGUCUCUUGGCCGAGCAUGUUUCUGACACCGAGAGCGACGGCGACCUCUUUGACGAAAAGACUCGCUCCUCCUGGACCCGGUUCCGCGUCUCCCGCCUCCUCACCGCACCCUGGAUUUUCGCCCGGUCGACAUCGUGGCGGCCGCUGCUCGUUCGCUUCGGCUUCUUCCUCGUGCCCAGCUUCCUCCAGGGCCGUCACGCCCGCGAGCAGAUUCGCCCGGCCAAACUCUCGCCCACGGCCUACCUAGACGGCAUGCGCGGCCUCGCCGCUCUGUUUGUCUUCUUCUGUCACUACUUCUACCAGGCCUUUGUCAUUGCCGAGGGCUGGGGCGCCGGCGAGUCCAACUACCACUUUCUCAAGCUGCCAUUUGUCCGCAUUUGGUACCAGGGACCGCCCGCCGUCUGCUUGUUCUUCGUCAUUUCCGGAUAUGCUCUCUCAUACCGGCCGCUCAAGCUGGCGCGCAGCCGCUCCUCGGCCGACUUUGGCAAUGCACUCAGCUCCUUGAUCUUCCGCCGCGGCAUCCGCCUGUACUUGCCCACAGCCAUUUCCACGUUCCUCAUCGUUUGCCUGUUGCGCAUUGGUGCCUACGAAUGGACGCGAGAGUUUGCCUCGGACAAGACGUACAUGAAGAAUGUCGUCGAAACACACCCCCAGCGAAUGGAGUUUGCUUCCGACCAGUACCUCGAUUGGGCCAAGCACAUGUAUCGCUUCGUUCACGUGUUUGAUUGGGACAAAUAUGGCGGUAGCACUUCCUACGACGUGCAUCUCUGGACGAUCCCUGUCGAAUUCCGUUGCUCCUUGUACCUAUUCCUCGUCCUCAUCGGGACCGCGCGCCUGCAAACCAAGUUUCGAUUUCUAACCGUUGGCGGCAUCAUGUGGUACGUCUACACACAGUCGCGUUGGGAGCUGCUCCUAUUUCUUUGCGGCAUGGUCCUUGCCGAAAUGGACUUAAUCCGCGGCGCCCAUAAACCCCCACCGGCCACUUCCGACCUCCCAGUCCACGAGACCCCCGCGGCAUCUCGUCCUCGCUGGAAGGGUGUCUUCUGGAGUAGCCUCAGCAUCCUUGGACUCUACUUGAUGUGCCAGCCCGAUCUCAAGGGCAACAUCACACCUGGCUGGAUCUGGCUGCACGCACAGAUUCCUUCGUGGUGGCAGGAGGAGUCUUAUCGCUACUACCAGUCAAUAGGCGCCGUCAUCUUUGCUCUUGCCGUUGGCCACUCGCCUUCGUGGCAGGCCUUCUUCAACACCGGCUUCGUGCAGUACUUCGGCAAGCUCUCCUACGCCAUCUACCUCAUGCACGGCCCGGCCAUGCACUGCAUCGGCUACCACUGGGAGAGAAUGGCCUACGCCAUCACCGGCGUCGACGGCAACUGGUACAACGCAGGUUUCGUGCUCGGUGCGGUCUUUUGUAUCCCCACGGUGGUGUGGUGCUCCGACAUUUUCUGGAGGGCCGUCGACAUGCCGACGGUCAAGUUUGCGAAGUGGGUGGAAUCUAAAUGCAUUAUUCAAGCGUAA